AUGAAUCGAAAAGAUCCUGCGUGGAAGUAUCCAAAAGAAAUAGAGGGGGAAAAAUACUUGAGAUGCGCAUUUUGUGAUCAAAGAUGCAGUGGAGGAAUUUCUAGACUUAAGCAUCAUUUAGGUCAAACUCAUCACGGUAUGCAACCAUGUAAGAAAGUUCCUGAGCAUGUGAAAAAAGAGUGUGCCGCAACUUUGAAAAAUCUUCAGCUUGAAAAAAGAAAGAAAAAUGAAAGGCUUAGAGAGAUUGGGGAUGGUCUAGAAGGAGGGGCUCUGAGUAUGGAAACUUCAUUGGAUGAAGAAUAUGGAAUCCCUGGUACUAGGAGUGCUGCAGUUGAUGAGACUCUUAGAGCACAACCUAAAUCAAAAGGACCAAUGGAUAGAUUUGUCACUUUAGAAGCUCGGCAAAGUACAUUAAAUUCAGCAUACAAACAAGAAGAAAGAAAGGAAGUUUGUCGAAAGAUUGGUCGUUUUUUCUUCUCUAGAGCACUCCCAUUUAAUAUUGUAAAUGAUCCAUUUUGGCUACCUAUGGUGGAAGGGAUUGCCGCAUAUGGUGUAGGAUUUAAGCCUCCAUCAAUGCAUGAGCUGAGGACUUGGAUCCUUAAGGAAGAAGUUGGCGACAUUAAUACGAUGAUGGAAGAACAUAAGAAAGCUUGGGCAGAGUAUGGAUGUACUAUUAUGUCUGAUGGUUGGACUGAUGGUAAAAAUAGAGUACUAAUAAACUUUCUUGUGAAUAGUCCAGCAGGUACUUGGUUUUUGAAAUCUAUUGAUACAUCUGAUUCCAUAAAAAAUGGAACGUUAUUGUUCAAAUAUUUAGAUGAUGUUGUCAAAGAAGUUGGAGAGGAGCAUGUCAUUCAAGUAAUAACAGAUAAUGCUUCCAAUUAUAAGAAUGCUGGAGUGAAACUUAUGGAGAAGAGGAAGAAGUUAUGGUGGACUCCAUGUGCUGCCCAUUGCAUUGAUUUGAUGUUAGAAGAUAUUAGCAAAAUGAAAGUUUUUGAAGAUACAAUUAGACUAGCCAAGCAAGUAGUGAAGUUUAUUUAUGGGCAUACAUGGGUUCUUGCUUUGAUGAGAUCUUUCACGAAAAACAAAGAGAUAAUUCGCCCUACAAUCACACGGUUUGCCACUUCUUAUCUUACUCUUCAAAGCAUCUAUAAGCAAAAGCAACCUCUUCAGGCAAUGUUUUCUUCUAGAGAAUGGCACAAUGGACUAUUUGUCCAACAUAUGAAGGAGAGACCUGCUAUGGGAUUUAUUUAUGAGUUAAUGGAUGUUGCAAAAGAGAAGAUUGAUUUUAAUUGUGGAAAAGUUGAAAGAAAGUAUAAACCAAUUUGGAGAAAAAUAGAUGAAAGAUGGGGCCCACAACUCCAUCAACCUUUACAUGCUGCUGGUUAUUAUUUGAACCCUCAAUUGCGUUAUGAAGAAACCUUUUCUAAUGCUGAUGAAGUGAGGAAGGGAUUGGAAGAUUGCAUGUCUAGGAUGUUGUCUUUUGAGGAUCGUAUGACUGCUGAUAUCCAGUUGGACUUGUAUGAUGAGGCAAAAGGAAAGUUUGGAAGUCGUCUUGCAGUGAAUUCAAGGAAACUACGAACUCCAGCAAAUUGGUGGAAGCGUUUUGGAAGGGACACACCUGAGUUGACAAAGUUUGUUAUUCGAGUCCUUAGCCUUACUUGUAGUGCAUCUGGGUGUGAGAGGAAUUGGAGCACAUUUGAGCAGAUUCAUACAAAGAAAAGAAAUAGACUUGAACAUCAAAAGCUCAAUGCUCUAGUAUAUGUGAAGUAUAAUACGGCACUAAGAGAGAGAAGUAUUAGAAGGAGGUCAAAGAUUGAUCCAAUAUUGGUGAAUGAAAUUGAGUCCGAUGAUGAAUGGAUAGCUGAGGUUGAAGAACCAAUUCUACCAACUGAUCUUAUUUGGCUUAAUUCUCAAGAAUUAUAUGAUGUUGAUGUCAUCAGAAAUAUGCCCACUGAACCUUAUGAAACUUAUCUACAUACUCGAGUGCCUAUUUCUGUGGAGCCUAUUGGUGAUCCUAGGACUCAAGAGCAAGGGAAUAUUCAUGUUAGGACUCAAGAGCCUAUUGUUCAUUCUAGAACUCAAGAUCCUAUUAUUGAUGAUGAUCUUAUUCUUGACGAUGAUGUUCUUCUUUCCUCGUUAGCUUCAAAAAAGAGAAAAGAAUGUGAAACCUCAAGUAAGAGGAAAGUCAAAAGCAAGUCCAUAAGAGCUAUGCUUAUGGAUGAAGAUGAUGAGAUAGAUAAAGAUCCUUCAACAUUUGAUAGUGGGAAAUAUCCUUUUCAUAUUGAUACAGUUGAUCAAUAUGACAGUGAUGCUAGUUUGAAUGAUAUUAGUGUUGAGGAGUGGGAUGAGUGA